AUGGCGAACGAGUUUGUUGAUUGCCUCGUCGUGUUGGAGAAACAUGACGUGUGCGAUAAAGAACUAGCUGUGUCGUCGCUAGUCUUCAAGUGUAUCAAAGAGCACAAACAGGACUAUGUAUCCCACUUUACGAGUGUGUUCAAUGUUAACGGACUUUAUUACUAUGUUUCCGUGGUAAGAAUCAGAAAUGUGGAUCUGGUGGAGAAAUUCAUCGGUGAGAAGGGUCGUUCAGAUAACAUGAAUACAGCUGUCUUUGAUAGCAUUGUUUCAGACAUUAAUCAAAAAGCGGAUAGGCUUGGUCAGGAAGGAGGCAUGAUCAUGUACGCAGUUCUGAAUGUUGGGCCGACUAUCGUCCGCUUUGGUCUGAAGAGUUUCAAAAGCAGCUCGCAUGAGGUCCUUGACGAUAAUACUAUUGUUCAUUUGGAAGCUGCUUACAUUGGAGCGGAACGAAUUGAGCAAAAUCCUUCGAAUUAUGUUGUCUUGCCUGGUAUGUUGCUCAACGACUUUUUGAGACUAACAAUAACCCUUGAUCCAGGUCCCUUCGAUGAUUCAAAUGAGUUUUUCUUGGAGCUGCUCCAUAUUACAUUAAUUGAAAGAACCAUGUUUCAGCUGAUAGAACAGGGGUUUCCAAUCAGAUUGUGCAACCCUGCUAUUCGCCAGACUCCACUUGACGAAAAACACCUGGUUCAUUCUAUUGAGGCACUCUCGACAGGCUCGUCUAUUCUUGCUAACGCCAUUAUUCAACUGCCAUCUUCAGAGGAGGAGAGGCUCGGGUUUACGAAGGCGCUUCUUUCUCGUGGUCGUGCCGCGAUAUCCGAUUUGAACUGGGCGUUUUCAUCAGAGGCGGUACUUCUUUGUGAAGUGUUGCCUCAGGCCGAGUUUGAAAGUCAUCAAAUCUUGAACCCUCAUUAUCUUUAUGGGGCAUAUUUGUGCAUUUAA